GCAUACACUACAUUCGUGAAAAAAUGGCAGCUGACGAAUAGAGAAAAGUGAAUCUUCAGUCGAAAAAAAGACGGCACUUGACAGAACUGCUCAGACACAGAGGCGUACUAGAUCAGCGUCCUGCGGCUGGAGUGUCAUCGUAAAACUGCCACCAUGGGAAAAACUCCGCUAAAAGAUCAGAAAGAUGGCAAAAAAGACAAACCAGGAAGAACAGUGCUACAAACAGGUACAACCCCUGCAACAAAUAAAGAUUCUUUCAGCUGGGAAGAAUAUCUAAAAGAAACAUCAUCUGCACCAGCUCCGCCAAGCUGUUUUCGUCAGGCUAGAGUCCCACCCUCCAACGACUUCAAAGUAGGAAUGAAGCUUGAAGCCCAUGACCCACGCAAUUCCACGUCAGUUUGUAUUGCUACAGUGAUGGGUUUAACCGGAGUCCGUCUGCGCCUCCGUCUGGAUGGAAGCGACAACAGCAAUGACUUCUGGAGACUGGUAGACUCCUCUGAUAUCCAGCCUAUUGGCACCUGUGAGAAGAACGGAGACAUGCUGCAGCCGCCACUGGGAUUUCGAAUGAAUGCGUCAUCGUGGCCCAUGUUUCUGCUGAGAACCUUAAAUGGAGCGGAGAUGGCACCAGCAACAGCCUUUAAAAAGGAACCUCCGAGGCCCCCUCAGAACAGCUUUAAGCCCGGCAUGAAGCUUGAAGCUGUGGACAAAAAGAACCCGUACCUCAUCUGCCCUGCCACCAUUGGGGAAGUAAAGGGCGAUGAGGUCUUCAUCAUGUUCGAUGGGUGGCGGGGUGCCUUUGAUUACUGGUGCAAGUACGACUCCCGGGACAUCUUCCCCGUGGGCUGGUGCACCCUCACUAAGCACAGCCUCCAGCCACCAGGCAACAGUGUUACCCUCCCAAAGAGCCUGCAGACUCUCCCGGCAUCACCCUCCAAGCCCAGUAGGCGUUCCAUGCAGUCCCCCUACAGACUCCCCAACCCUCUGCCCCCUUUGCCUGUCAGGAAGGGGGUCCGGGGCCGGCGGCCCAAGAGUGAGACCAUCGCUCUGCUCAAAGCUGUGGCAGAAGCAGCUGCUGCCCAAAAUGGAACCGUAGCUGAAAACACACAGCUUGUACCCCGGCCCCACAAGAAGAGAGGACCCAAACCUGGAAGCAAGAGAAAGCCCAAGAUUCUCCAGAGCCCGGCACAGCUGCCCAGCAUCCAGGUUCCACAAGAGAGCCCCCCCAGUCACAACUCUGUGGUUUCAACAGUGUGUGUGUAUGUGAAUAAGCAUGGAAACUGUGGUCCCCACCUGGACAGGAAGCAGAUGCAGCAUCUGCCAGACCACUUUGGCCCAGGGCCAGUGAAUACUGUGCUCCAGCAGGUGGUCCAGUCAUGUAUAGACUGUGCAUACCAGCCUAAAGUCCUGCUCAUUGCUCUGCAGACUCAUUCAGGAGGAGGAGAGGUUGUCAGAGUGAGGACAGAUGGUGGCGUUCGUGUGGUCAAACUACCUUCAGCUUCCAGUGCUUCCUUCGUGCUGCGGUUCCUGGAGACCAUGUGUCGUCACCUGCAGUGUGACAAUCUGUUCAGCAGCCAGCCGUUCAGCCACUACACUGCUUAUGACAGGAACAAGUCAGUGAAAGAAGAAGCGCUGGAGGCUCCGUCUCUGGCUCGGGGUGGUAAACGGAGUCUCUCUGGAGUGUCUCCGCCGUACGCAGCCCCUCUGUCUCCCAAACAUUUACGUGCUGAGGCUCACCCGUCAGAAGCAGAGACUCUGCCCCACGAGGAGAACGGCCUAAUGAAGGAGCAGCGCUACAUGGACUCAGCCUCCAACUCGAUGACUCCUCGCCCCCAAACAGCGCGGAGUUCCUCAGAGUACCACUCUCAGGCCAGCAGCCUCUACCAUCCUGGGAACAACACACCCAUGCACCGCCUCUCCUCUAACCCUGCGGAGCCCGGCUUUACGCAGCCGCUCCGGCGAGUUGAAGCAGCCAGCUCCACCACAGGUCCUGAGGCUCUAGCACCUGACCGGGAGAGUCAGCAGGUGCCCAGUAAAAACCCCUCCUCCUGGUCCAUAGAGGAGGUGAUGCAGUUUGUAAGGGAUGCUGACCCCACAGCUUUAGCUCCACACGCUGAACUAUUCAGAAAACAUGAGAUUGAUGGAAAAGCCCUGAUGUUGCUACGGAGCGACAUGAUCAUGAAGUACAUGGGUCUAAAGCUGGGGCCUGCGCUGAAGCUGUGCCACCACAUAGAGAGGCUGAAACAAGGCAAACUGUAACAGGAGCCAGGGCAGCACUGUUCCUGCCAGACCCACGGGCGAUCAGCAGGCCACGCAGGGACCACGUUCGUCCAGAACCCACCUCGAGAGACUGAACACACGUUACGACUUCAUCCAGACUUCCAGAGUGGAGAAAGUGUGCCAUGCAGUGCUGACACAUUACCUCAUCCCCUCAUCAGUGAACAAAAAGCUGUUCACGUCUAAUAGACACCACUGACUUAAUGAAAUCCCAAAGGAAAACAACCCCUGUAGUGUUUACAUUGCAUAGCACAUGUGCACACGUGGACACGUUUUUGUUUUUUUUUUUUGUUUGUUUUUUACGGAGAUGAAAUCUUUUGAUCCUGGUUUUGGAUCCCCAAAGAUGGAGAAUGUUUCUUCUUAUAUACUGUUUUUAUUAUUCCAGUUAAUAAGGAAGGGUUGGUAUACUGAAAAAGAAUCCAUCAGAUGUUCUUCCCCACGCUCUUUCAAGAGAAUCUGGAUGCUCCCUCAUCUGCGCUGUUGAAAAGCCGUAGUCAGUCUUCACGUGUAUACCUAAGGCACGGGUAUAUCUGCCCGCCUGAAGGAUGCUAAUGUCAGAGCAUUCCACUUCCUUCAUGCAGUGCCAGACGGACGUGUUCAUUGGCUUGAACGUUGUCGGUAUCAUGACAGAAAUCAUGUUGUUUUUAUUUGAGCCUCAUCUUUCCCACGAGUGUCCUGCAGGGUCACCGCCUUCUGCGUGGCAUGACGUGUCAUUGUGUCUUAGAGCCCUACGUUGCCUCCUGCUCGGCGUCCGUGCAGCUCUUACGAACAUCGAAGCGCUUGCGUCCUGAACUCUGAGCAGCCAUGGGUGUAUCAGUUUCAGCGGACAGACUGUGAAGGCGUUUCUAAGGGCUUUCUGUUUUAAUGUAAUAUUUUUAUCAGUCAUCUUCGUCAUCGUUUAAGCUCGUCGGUCCUCCCGCGGCCUCAGUGUUGUCACUUUUGACCGUUACAAUCACUGUUAGCAAUGAAAACAGAUGUGUACAGUUUUAUGGGUUUAACCAUGAAUAUCAGCGACAGAAUGUACAUUUUGUAGAAACUUGAUAUUUUAAGGAAAUCAUAUACAUAAGUUAGAAAUGUGAAGAUAAAAGGGGAUGGGGGUGAAUAUUUCACAGUGGAUUCCAUUCUGCUUUUUAAGACUUAAUACGGCGCUUUUAGUUCAGAUUCUCCCAGUACUAGACUCUACCUUGCUUUACCUAUGACAUUUCUCAGGUUUAUGUGGUCUUUGUUAGUACGAGCUUUUGUAGCACACUGUUUAUAAUAUACCUAACAGAAUUUUUCCUGUUAUUCUUUUCCUCGAUUUCAAAAGACUUGUGCCAUACGAUAUUCAACACAGGAUUGAAGUGCUGUUGAUUUCCUUCUCUUGCAUCUUCUUUAAAAGUACUUGAAAAAUAUGUGUUGCAAAAAGUCACAUGUCCAUUACGUCACACCAGAUAAACAAUAUGCGUUUAUGAUGUUGUGUAUUUUCCUUUUUGUUUUUAUAAACCUACC